CUGUGUUGUUGGAGCACAGCUGUGGGAGUGAAGGCUGUCUGACCUUUACUGCAGCUCUGCUGCGCCCUCGCUCACUUCUGCACCUUCACUGAGUGACCGGGCGACACUGCGUCACGUGCCGUGGCAAAUAACUAUUAAAUGCCCUGGCUCGCGUGGCCUGGUGGGCAGUUGGAAGCGCGCACGAGGCAACCACGGGUCAGAGAGCGCGCGCAUUGCCUUGUUUUGUGGACAUGGAGUACAACGGCUAUGAGCAGGAGUACAUGCUGCAGGAGGACGAGUGGGACCGGGACCUGCUGCUGGACCCCGCCUGGGAGAAACAGCAGAGGAAGACAUUCACUGCCUGGUGCAACUCUCACCUGCGUAAAGCUGGGACUCAGAUUGACAACAUCGAGGAGGAUUUCCGAAAUGGACUGAAGCUCAUGCUCCUUCUGGAAGUCAUAUCUGGCGAAAGGCUGCCCAAGCCAGAUAGAGGAAAGAUGCGAUUCCACAAAAUAGCCAACGUGAACAAAGCGCUGGAGUACAUUACCAGUAAAGGGGUUAAGCUUGUGUCCAUUGGAGCUGAAGAGAUUGUUGAUGGAAAUGUGAAGAUGACCUUGGGAAUGAUCUGGACCAUCAUCCUCCGCUUCGCCAUCCAGGACAUUUCAGUGGAAGAAACCUCAGCUAAGGAGGGCCUGCUGCUCUGGUGCCAGAGGAAGACGGCACCUUACCGAAAUGUCAACGUCCAGAACUUCCACUGCAGCUGGAAGGACGGCCUGGCCUUCUGUGCGCUCAUACACAGACACAGACCUGACCUGAUCGACUACUCCAAGCUCAACAAGGAUGAUCCUCUGGGUAACCUUAACCUGGCUCUGGAAAUUGCAGAGAAACAUCUCGACAUCCCUAAAAUGCUGGACCCUGAAGAUAUUGUCAACACCCCGAAGCCUGACGAGAGAGCUAUUAUGACCUAUGUGUCCUGCUUCUACCAUGCUUUCGCUGGAGCUGAGCAGGCGGAGACUGCUGCUAAUAGGAUCUGUAAGGUCCUGGGGGUCAAUCAGGAGAACGAGAAGCUCAUGGAAGACUAUGAGAAACUGGCCAGUGAGCUCCUGGAAUGGAUCUGCCGCACCACCCCAUGGCUGGAGAACCGCACUCCUGAGACCACCAUGGCGGCCAUGAGGAAGAAGCUGGAGGAUUAUCGUGACUACCGCCGCAUGCACAAGCCCCCCAAAGUGCAGGAGAAGUGCCAGCUGGAGAUCAGCUUCAAUACCCUGCAGACCAAACUGCGCAUCAGCAACAGACCCGCUUUCAUGCCCUCUGAGGGCAAGAUGGUGUCGGAUAUUACAGGUGCCUGGCAGGGUCUGGAGCAGGCAGAGAAAGGCUACGAGGAGUGGCUCCUAACCGAGAUCCGUCGGCUGGAGCGUGUCGAGCACUUGGCUGAGAAGUUCCGGCAGAAGGCUUCCACCCACGAGGCUUGGGCCAAAGGUAAGGACGAGCUCCUGAUGCUGAAGGACUAUGAGGCUGCCUCUCUGGCCGAGGUGCGCGCGUUGCUACGGAAACAUGAGGCCUUUGAGAGUGACCUGGCAGCACAUCAGGACAGAGUGGAGCAAAUAGCAGCUAUCGCUCAGGAGCUCAAUGAGCUGGAUUAUCACGCUUCAGCAGCCAUCAAUGAGCGCUGUCAGAGGAUCUGCGAUCAGUGGGACCAGCUGGGAACUCUGACUCAGAAACGCAGGGAGGCACUGGAGAGAACAGAGAAGCUACUGGAGACUAUUGAUCAGCUGUUCCUGGAGUUUGGUAAAAGAUCUGCACCCUUUAAUAACUGGAUGGAAGGAGCCAUGGAGGACCUGCAGGACAUGUUCAUUGUGCACAGUGUGGAGGAGAUACAGAAUCUGAUUUCAGCUCAUGAGCAGUUCAAAGCGACGCUGCCCGAGGCGGAUAAUGAGAGACAGGCCAUUCUGAGCAUCUAUAACGAGGUGCAGAAGAUCGCCCAGAGCUAUGGCAUCUCCCCCAACCUCACUAACAUCUACUGCACCAUCACCCCAGCCGAGCUCAGCGCCAAGUGGGACAAGGUGAAGAGGCUGGUCCCACAGAGGGACAGUGCUCUGCAGGAGGAGUUGACCAGACAGCAGGUGAACGAGCGGCUGAGGAGGCAGUUUGCGGCCCAGGCCAACCUCAUCGGACCCUGGAUCCAGACACGCAUGGAGGAGAUCCUGCACAGUUCGGCGGACGCAGGCGGCACGCUGGAGGACCAGAUGAACCAGCUGAAACAGUACGAGAGCAUGAUCAUCAACUACAAACCCAACAUCGAUAAGAUGGAGGGAGACCACCAGCUCAUCCAGGAGUCGCUUGUAUUCGAUAACAAACACACCAACUACACCAUGGAGCACAUCCGUGUGGGCUGGGAGCUCCUGCUGACGACGGUCGCUCGCACCAUUAAUGAGAUUGAGACGCAGAUCCUGACCCGCGACGCCAAGGGCAUCAGCCAGCAGCAGCUCAACGAUUUCCGCUCCUCUUUCAGCCACUUCGACAGGAAGAAGAAAGGAGGCAUGGAGACUGAUGAUUUCCGAGCGUGUCUCAUCUCUAUGGGUUAUGACCUGGGAGAGGCAGAGUUUGCACGUAUCAUGUCAUUGGUGGAUCCAAACGGUGUAGGACUGGUGACGUUCCAGUCCUUUGUGGACUUCAUGACCCGUGAGACGACCGAGACGGACACUGCGGAACAGGUCGUCGCCUCCUUCAGGAUCCUCGCGGGUGAUAAGCCGUAUAUUCUGAUUGAGGAGCUGAGGCGUGAGCUGCCCCCCGAGCAGGCGGAGUACUGCAUCUCCAGGAUGCCUCUGUACCCGGGGCCUGAUGGGGUUCCAGGAGCUCUGGACUACUCUGCCUUCUCCAGUGCACUGUAUGGAGAGAGCGACCUCUAAAGGCACACAGCAGAGCUACACCCUGGAAAAGAUGUUUUUAUUUGCUGAAUAAUAAAAUGCCUACAAGAAUGAUUAAUAAAAAUGAAGAUAUCUAA